AUGAGCCGCACCAUCCCAGGCGGAUGCUACUGCGGCAGAAUCCGCUAUGAAAUCACGCUGCACGACCCGGACAAGGAGGCCCGCACUUCCAUCUGCCACUGCGGUAACUGCAAGAAGUUCACCGGCGGGAACUUUGGGAUCACGAGCAAGAUCCCGCGAUCUAGCUUCAAGAUCACGCAGGGUGAUGAUGCAGUCAAGGUCCACGAGGCGGACAACGGGACGGGCACGAUCUUGCAUAGGGAGUUUUGUACGGAAUGUGGGAGCGGGCUUUUGGAGUAUGGUGCAAAUGCAGGAGAUUUCGUCUACGUCUUUUACGGCACGCUCGACCACCCGACAGACCUGCCGCCGAAGGGCGAGUUUUUUACCAGCAGGCGAGAUUCGUGGAUGCCGGAGAUCCCUGGAUUGUUCCAGAAGAAGAAAAUCAAGGAGUAA